UCCUUUCUACUCUCACGCCAUGGCAGAACGACGCCUUACGAUGGAAAGGUUGUCGUGGCCCUUUUACGCGCAUGGUAGCCAAGAAUCUAGUACCAUACUAGGGAAGCUCGCUAUUCUUCUGAGCGAGCUCCUGGACAACAUCAUUUCCACAUGCUGCGAUAUCCAGAACACUGUCGCAUCCUUUUCACCCGUCAACAGAGGUGCCCGCAACGCCGUCGAUGAAUCACUUGCUUUCCAACGCGUCUCCCAUUAUGCCCCCGAUGCACUCGCAGCAAUGCUUCGAACACAAGCUGGCUCUUUUUUCACCCUCGAGGACCUCUACAAUGCUCUUUGCCGCAGUUCCUCGUGUUUCUCAUGUGGUAGUUCUGGUUCCCUGAUCUGGCUCCUCGAGUGUCGACGAUGCUGUAUGCCCUGUCUUCGUUCACCCGAACUCCUUCCCAUCAACGAGUAUGCGGCAACCAAGGUGUUUGGAGUAUCAGCAGCUACGUUAGCGGGUCUACCCACCGUUUGCUCUGAAAGUGGUUGGGGUGAAUACCUGGACUUCCGGCGUCUUCUGAGCUUCACGAAAGUUCGCGCAGUGGCAGUCGAAGAUGCAGGAGGCGAGGCACAGCUCAUGGCUCGCAUCAACUCCACAGCCCAACGCAGAGAAGCAUACGAGUCUUACAUGUCCCGGCGGGUCAUUACAGACAAGAAGCUUCAUGCUCGGUGGAUGGUAGCCGCCCCUCUGCCUUAUUUUAACAGACGCUCGGGACAGAUUGACAAUGACGGGCUCUCCUGCUUAGGUUGUCAACGGGCGUUUCACUCGGACGGCACCUAUGAUGACGAAGGCUACUAUGAAGUAUACCGCCGAUAUGAUACAGUUUAUACGAUUCCGGACCUCAUCGAGCACGUACGGACAGAUUGUCCAAAAGGGCAGCGGAUAUGGAAGAAGUAUUUGAAGGAGUCGAAACAAAGAAAUGAGCACAAUACUACUGAGUAGAUGCAAUACGCGUAAAAGUUCUCUGUCACGUUUUCACAGAAUAACUUCAUUUCAUGCAGAAGACAAAUCUCAUUAGGCUCCUCUUAUCGUAAAUGAACGUAAAAAAUGGCAAUUAAUCCUAGUGCACACAGAUUCUUAUCAGAGUCAUGUAUUCAAUGGCAGAGCAAGGUAUACUCUUGGCUACUACUCUGGAUUCUACCAGUUCAUCCAUUCAUCGAAGGCGUUCCGGCAGGCCUAGAGCAGGAGGACAUCCUCAAGCGUCGUGUAGUA